AUGAGGAAAAAGAUGCGAAUAUUUCAUACAGUUUGUCUCCCAAAGUAUGUGUUCCCAGUCUUGAGCCGCUGGAGCGUGUGUUACGCAGCAUUUCUAUGUAUAGUAUUGGCUUUAGCGCGGGCGGAAGAUGACUGUCCCGUGUCGUGCGUGUGCGCAAAAGAGUCUGGUUCCGUGACCUGCAGGGACGGAGAGGACUCCGGGGAAAUGCCCGUGGAUCUCCCGGAGUGGACGUCCAGUUUGACAGUCCAGGGUAAAAACAUGUCAACUCUACGUCGCGGUGUUUUUCUGGACAACACGACAGAGUUGGAAAUAACUUCUUUAUGUCUGUCCUACAACGGGAUACAAACUAUUGAACCAUACGCUUUUCUCGGACUGUCCCGUCUGCACCUGCUGGACUUGAGUCACAACAGACUGGAGUCUAUUUCCGCUCUAGCUUUCUUCGGAUUGCCACAGUUAAGGUCGCUUUAUCUAAACUAUUCCGUUUUACCGGAGGUAGUGACGCAACUUUCCAGUGCGCUAAGUUUGCAAACUUUAUCAAACCUCCACAGACUUGAUCUAGCUGGAAACAGACUCAAAUCUAUUCCCCUCGCGACAUUUGACAGUUUUAACCUACACAUGUUAGUCCUGGUUAAUAAUUCUUUUGAAACCAUUGUGAAGGAGAACGUAUCGGGUUUGUAUCAGCAGCGGCACAUGCGCGUGUACCUCGCGCUCAAUCCUUUCCGUUGUGGCUGUGACCUCGAGGCCUUUUACUACUGGCUCAAAAACUCAUCUCAGUGUCCUGAUGUGGGACGGCUGGUGUGCAGUGAGCCCGAGAACAAGCGAGGGGCGCUGGUAGAGCAGCUGCGAGCGGAGGACGUGGAUUGUAGCCUGGAGAACCUGGAGGCAGUGUCCUAUGUAUUUCUGGGCAUCGUGUUGGCGCUCAUUGGAGUCGUUUUUCUGAUGGUGCUGUACCUGAAUAGAGGAGGCAUCAAGCGGUGGCUCAACAACAUCCGAGAGGCGUGUCGAGACCAGAUGGAAAUCUACCACUACCGCUACGAGCAGGACUCGGACCCAAGACUGGCCAACGUAGCGGUGUGA